AAUUUCGACUUGAUGGUUAGGAUCACAUUGUCUCAAGCAGACUCCUGAAGCCUUUCCUCACUUUUCUUUUUUUGUUUACAAUUUGGUUACUACGUGGCGUGCAGGCGUAAAAAAUCUUGGCUUCAGUAAAAAAGUGUCAAAAAGUGAAUAAUUAUAUAGUUGUAAAAAAGUUACUGACGUAUUGAAAUGGCAAAUCGUGAACAAGACAUUAACGUGAUUGUAUUAAGUGUUGUGCAACACCUGAUUCAGCAGGAUGGGGAAGAAGACGAAACCAUUAUUCAAGAAUUAGUUCGACCGUUUUUUGCUGCUUAUGGAAAUAUGGAAUCAAGUAGGGAAGGUCCAAGAGAGUUCUCAGGAGUUCAAGAAUACAUUGAGAGAACUGUUACUGGAUAUUCGGACCCCUAUUUCAAAAAACAUUUCAGGAUGUCCAGGCAAAGCUUCGAGCAUUUAGCCCGCAUGAUGGCAAUAUAUUUAAAUAGCAAUGAUUCUGGAGUGCCGGUUCAAACCAAACUGCUACUGACUUUGUGGACUUUGGCAAAUGUUGAGUCUUUUAGAGGAAUAGGAGAUAGGUUUGGAAUGUAUAUGGGAAACGUCCACUACAUCUUUUUGUGUACUACCAGAGCAUUCCGGCUCAAUUCAAUCAAAUUCAUCAAAUGGCCAACCAGGGCCGAAUAUAGAUCUAUAACGCUGCAAUUUAGUUUUCCCUACGCCAUUGGCAGUGUCGACAGUACCUUCAUAAGGAUUCGGCAACCACUCAAGCAGUGCAAUGUAUAUACAAAUCGGAAAAAGUUUUGCGCCGUUACGCUUCAAGCUGUAUCUAAACCAAAUUUAGAGUUCAUCGAUGUAUCCACUGGAUAUCCAUCAUCGAUGCAUGAUGCAUCUGUUUUUGCUCACAGCCAACUGGGUCGCAAUUUGUCUAUAUUGCUAGAGGGUACCCCGUUCGUGCUACUAGGAGACUCUGCCUACGGUUUGACCACUACACUAAUGAAGCCGUAUCCAGAUAAUGGGCGGCUUGAUGAGACUGAGAAGAACUUCAACCGGGUAUUGUCCCAAAACCGGUCUGCCGUGGAACGAUCAUUUUCCCUUUUAAAAAACAAAUGGAGGCGUCUACGAUAUUUGGACAUGCUUUUGUUAAAUCGCAUUCCGGAUGUCAUAUUAACUGCAUGCUGCCUUCAUAAUUAUAUAAUACAAAGGGGAGAUGUACAACCAGAAGACCAGUACCGAGAAGAUGAUGAGGAAAACGACGAGGAAGAAGAAGAAAGGGAUAAUGAUAAUAGCACGACAGCAGGUAAGCAAAAAAGAAAUAGAAUAAAGUAUUUGCUGAUGUAA